AAAUAAUAAUUGUAUGGUGGGAUUGUUGAAGUUAUAUGAUACAGUGACAUUAUGAAAAUGGUCGUAGGAAUGCAGUCUUGUGUAUGUAAUGGCAUUCCUAUCAAAAGGAAAGACGAUGGACUAGAAGUGAAAUCGGGGAAUUUAUUGUUGAUUCAGUCACAUCAGGGUAGAUCAGUGAGGGUGCCGGUACACGUUAGGGUGUAUCAGAGCUGCUUUGAACAUUACGCAAUCGUCAAUAGAGACUGCAAAUUCACGAACAAAGGCAUCUUUGUGAACUUGAAGAAUUCCACGGUGAUAAGAACAGAGACGAGGGAAUGUGAAUUCCUUAUGGUCCCAGAUAACGUGGAGGGGACCGGAUACACAUUUCAGGCGCGAAACGCGACAGAGGCCGAGGAUUGGACAGAGGUGUUACGUCCGAGUGUUUCCCAGGGUUCCCCUACAUCCGGUCACCCCUCCCCGAGCCUGUCCCCCGUGAUCCCCCGUAUGCCUCUGAUGCCCACUCUCGCAGAAGAAGAGGAAAGCUGACCUCGUGUGACCUCUUUGAGUGAACUCGGUCAGUGAGACGUUUAUUUACUUGCCUUCUGCAGAUUCUGUUUAUCAACAUGUUUACAGACUGUAGUGUGAAGCUGUCAUUGAAUGACAGCAAGUUGUCUUCAGACAUUCACACCCUGACUUGUUUACAUGAAUUAUAUGGAGGUAUAUAUUGUGAUCCUGUAAUACCGUAACCUUCGUCGAGGCGCGUAAGAUCUAUGUCAACUAGAUGCAUGUUGCCAGUACGUGCAGGAUUCCAGUUUUAUCCGGUCCAUUGGGUCUGGAAUGUAACAAAUUCCAAAGACAAAAGCUAAAGCUGUGAUAUGACUCUAAUUUAAUUUUUUAUUGUUAUGUUGUGUGAUUUGUGCAAUACAGUUUUUAAUGUUUAUGUAAUGUGUGCAAUAUUUGUUCAUUAAACUUGGAAAAAUAA